UGCAUUAUUCAGAGCGCGCUGCGCAUCACAGAGCUAAUUAGGAUUUCAGUAUAAAUAAGGCCGCAGUCGGGACAGCUCGGCCUGUCCUGCCGCUGAUGUCGGAGAGCUGAAAGAGUAGUUAGAGGUUAAAACGCUUCAAAAAGCUACAAGCUGCUCCAUCAUGCACACACUCUGACCCGCCUCGCGGAUGGGACUCUUUGCAAGCCGGACCUACGGAGAAAUCCCGCAGAUUUCACGCUUUACCGCCAACAGUAUUUUGCUUAUGACGAUCCAGCGAGGAGAUCUGAUGUUUUCGGAGACUUUUUAAUGGCACUCGGCUCCAGCUUGACACCCUGCUGCCACAUUUAUGGGACGGUGAAUGUGUCUUUAUUUUUUAUUUAAUUUUAGCUGACAUCCAGACUCCAGCAGCUCCUGCGGGGACACAGAGCUCCUCUCCGGGUUGUUUUGGUUUCCGAUGGGGGGAAGGCGAAGUGUUUUUGGGGUUUGAUUUUCUCCUGUGGUGUCUGUGUGGAGCGUGCCACACACCCACUCCACAACAACGACGGCUUUUGCUUGCAUCUUCCAGUGUUUCUUCUGUCAGCAAGUCCAGCAGAGCUGCAACUCUUCCAGUGCCAGCCCUGACACCAGCGAGGAGCCCUGCCCCACUGACAUGGUGAAGAUGACCAAGUCGAAGACGUUCCAGGCUUACCUGCCCUCCUGCCACCGCACCUACAGCUGCAUCCACUGCCGGGCACACCUGGCCAACCACGACGAGCUCAUCUCAAAGUCAUUUCAAGGCAGUCAAGGAAGAGCCUACCUGUUUAAUUCAGUGGUGAAUGUCGGCUGCGGGCCAGCAGAGGAGCGGGUUCUCCUCACAGGUUUACACGCUGUGGCCGACAUUUACUGUGAAAACUGUAAAACCACGCUGGGCUGGAAAUAUGAGCACGCAUUUGAGAGCAGUCAAAAGUAUAAAGAGGGAAAGUUCAUCAUUGAGCUGGCUCACAUGAUCAAGGACAACGGAUGGGAGUGAUGCUGCAGCCACACUCUUUUCUUUUUCUGACCUUGGAAUGCUCUUUAUUGAACUGCGUGGAGCGUCGACCACCUUUCCCACCUUUUGACCUCUCCUUCUUUGAAAAUGAACCCCCGUCUCCACUAACCUCCACCUCUCGCCUCCUUCACGUGCACACACUCCCACCUGCUCAUCGUGAAACUGAACAGAACAAAUGAAAUCAAAAGCGAGGAGGAGGAGGAGGAAGAGGCGCAGCAGCUGUUGAAAAAUCACGUCACAGGAGUCUCCGUCGUUACUUCAAAGAUUGUGUGUUCUCCUUCGCAGCUCUGGAGAUUUUGGGUUUGACCCACUCACUCCCAGCCCACACCCCCCACCGAAACCAGGCUUACAAGUGAUUGUGGUGAUAUGGCGACCACUUUACGAAAGGAGACAGACUUCACUGAAAGAACAUUUCUUUGUUUUCUUUCUUUCGCCUAUCCAGCGGGACGAAUGACUUUGAUGACUUUUGUUAUUUUAUUGUUAAUUGCUUUCGUUUUAACUUCUGGCUUUGGUAAGGGUUUGGUUUGAUGGCAGAUGGAUGUUACUGGUUAGCAUUUUAUUUUCCCGUCAAGUCCAUCAUGUUUUGUUUUUUGUUUGGCUCAUUUAUCUCUGCCCAUAGCUGAGCAUGUUUUACUUUGCUAAUGUCCAAAUGAGAAAUCAGGGACAGAUGAGGAGUGGAGGGGAAAGGGAGUUAUUCUAGUUACAAAUAUGUAGCAUUAUCUUGCUUUUCUUUUUUAAAACAAAGUGGCAAUGAUGGGAUUGCAGUAGUGUGGUAUUUAUACCUGACUUUUUUUUUUUAUCAUUCUUCUUUUUUUCACAUGAUUUUUUCUUUAUUUCCCCCUUCUGGUACCUUUCAGCACCCAAAAAGCAUUGGAAAGCAGCACCUAGUUUAUUUGACUAAAAUGGAUAUAUAUAUAAAUAUAUAUAUAUAUAUAUAUAUACAUAUAAAUAUAUAAAUAUUUGUAGUGUUUUGGCUAAAUGCGAUUGUGGCUGGUCCCAUUUUUGCAGCAGUACCAUAAGUGGAAAAGAAAUAAGAAGAAGCUCUAGCUGUUAUGAGGUCACUUUUGUGUCAUUUUUAUGUGAUAAAACAGAAUAGACAUAAAAGUAGAACUUUACACACUGCAUCAUAAAUGUUUAAAAAACACUUGUUGAAUACAGAAUCCUUUGGUUUAUCGUUUUUUUUGGAUUUUGACUUUCGUGGAGCUCAAUAUCGUGGGCGGGACCUACGCUGAAAGAUUUCAGGUUAAUCUCUAUUGGCCAGUCUUGAAUGGAGCUUCACCAUGACAAAAUCCAUAACACAAACUGCAAGAGCAAAACUUUGAGGAAGACAAACUAUUUCAAACUAUACUUUUCAAGUCCAAAAGUUGUCUGCGUGACUAAACAAAAGUUCUGGAUUUUAUGGCUGUCAAUCUUAAUUGAGUUCAUCACGAUUUAAUAGGGCCCACAAUUGAUUAAUUAAUUAAGGUUAACAAUUACUGCACUAUUAUUAUACAGACUAAUGUUGUAUUUGGCCAAAAUUUCUGGAUUAGCUAACAGAACUUUUGGAUUUGCAAACCAAACCAAACUUUCAUAUACAUUAGCAGCUCUUGAUUUAUACUGUGUUUUUAUAGCAAUACCUUUCUUUCUGAUUUAUUUAUCUUCAACUUUAACAUUUUCUUUUGAUUGUUGUGUGUAAAGUUUUUAAUUUGAUUUCAUAAAAAGGGUACUAGAGUGACCUCAUAGAUAAUUUUGUAGACUGAGGAAGCUGAUACCGGCGUCCACAUGUCAUAAAACAUUUGGGCAGAUUGUAUUAUUCCAUUGUCUAGUGAUGAGACACAACUACAUAUGAAUAUAUAUACACAUGGUAUGAUGACAUAUCCAUAAAAACUAUGAAAACAUUCGUAGUGCGUAGACUUUGGGAACAUGGAUUCUAUAUACAUAUAUAUAUAUAUUUGCUGUCAUGCACAUAUGUAUAUAUGCAUUGUGUGUGUAUAUAUGCAUUGUGUGUGUGGUCACACAUUACACAGUGGCACACUUGAACAAUGCUACACCGCUUGCACUUUGCUGAGGCUUUUGGUUCAUGUCAGUUUAGAGGCAAAACAUGUUUAAAUGGCCUUUAAUAGAUGAAACACGAUUGUUGUUGAGGAAGUUUGAACAUGUCCAUAUAAUUGGCAGAUAAAUCCUUUAAUAAAGAUAAUCAGUAGUUGCAGCCCUUUUUUGCCUCUUCCUUUUGGAGAGAGAAGUGUAGUUCCUGUUUCUUUGCUGCUAAUGUAGAGCUCGCUUCAUUUUCCCGUUCUCGUAGGCCUUUUGCACUUUAUGCUUCUCCGUCUUUUAUCUUUCCGUCUUAGGAUGUACUGUAUUUAUUGUCUCUUUGUUGAUGACAUCUGUGUUUGCCUCCAAGCCGCAUGAUACUUGAGCCUCUUCAAAACAUGGACAGCCUCCCCUCUUUCUUUUUUUUUUUUUUUUUUUUUUCCUGUUGUGCAGUGCAUAACUUUGAAAAAUGCCCUCACGUGAACCGAUAUGUGUGCCCUCACCUCCAUUCUGGUUCAAAAAGGCCCUCAGAAAUAACUUUAUUCACCAAAACCUUCAUAGAGUUCAUCCUUGUUUCUUUUGGACAACAGAGACUUGGUAUACAUUAAGACAUAUAUUUUCUAAGUUAAGAUUUAGAGGUGCAAAGACAGAUGGAUAUUAAGUAUAUUAUUUCUUAGAGUAAAGUGUAGGGAGAGAGUUGCCCAGGGCAUGUUGUUUGACUUUUAAUUAGAGGGAUAAAAACAGAAGCAGCAGGGCAGGAUGAGAGAUUUUAAAAAUCAGCAGUGAUUGAUUACUUUGCCGGCAAGGUCAGUCAGAUCACACAACCUUUUAUCUUUAAAACAAUGACAAUGCAAACCCGAACUAGUUAGCAAUGAUACCUACUUGAAAAUAUAAAGACAUAAACAGCUGAGAUAUUGGCCCAUGUUACAGUUUUUGUACAUAAAGUAACAUAUUUAAGGUUUUAUACGUAUUUCUACUGGGUUAGUUGUUUUACUUCCCCAACUUGAAGCACUUUUGUUCACUGUACCUCUGGCUGUGUGUGUCUGAAUGAGUGUGAGUGUGCACUGUGCAUGCAUGUGUAUUAGCCCACAUGCAUGCCUGCACACAAAAGUGAAUGUUUUAUUUCUUUUCCUCAGUUUUAUUUCCUUUUUUCUUCUUUUUUUUUUUUGUUUGGAAGUGUUUUUAUGUGUCCUGUGUUGGUUUUACUGUCUCUCCAGGUGAUCUGUGAGGUUGACAGUUAGGUUAGUUUGUUUGGAGGUGAUUUAUCCCUGUUUUUUGUUCUGUUUUAUUUUUUCUAAUGUUUCCUUGUUUAUUUAGCUUGUGUGGUGAGAGCCCGUUAGAGGGCCGGUGUUUAGGUCUCUGCUGAGCCGUGUAGACGUUGAGGGUGAGCUGGAAUCUCCCACCAUGUCGCAGGGAGAGCCUUUACCAAGACCCUUUUGCCACCACAGUCAGUCUCCUGUAUAGAGGGCUUUCAGGUGAUCAGACCCACCCUAUGGCAGCCAUACUGGAGGUCCUUAGCUUUUAACAGCACAGGCUGUGAAUAUCUGAUUGUAUUUCAUAUUCAUAUUGUGCUGAAUUUUACUGAAAAUGAACUGUUACAUCCAUGGUCUGUUUGAUUUGAUCUGUUGUUUUGCUAAAGUUAGCUUGUUGGAAACUUAAGCUUUGUUGCUGUAUUGAUGUACUGUGGCUGUAUCCAGGCAAACAAAACCUAAACACUCCUUUAAACACAGCCUGAAUUUGCUAGAUUCAGUGUCCCACAAGUCACUGCACACUCCCUGUUUAAAUUGAAUCCCUGCAGAGGCUGAAAAUCUUGUUCUGAUGAAGCCGUUCUGAUGGAGCGUGGUCAUAAGGGAUGUAGAGUUGAACUUUGAAGAGUGUUAGUACAUCAUGACAUUUGUGCAACUCACCUAAAACUUGGAAAAACCUUUAAGCCAUGUGUAUGCUACCCUUUAGUGGUGCAUUUAAGUGCAGAUACUUAUGAUUUCACUGGCCACAUGCUGUGUAACUCAAUUGUGAUAAAUGUUUCGCUAACAAUCUGGUAUUCACCAAUUUGUCAGGCAUGCCUUGAUUUAAAGAAAAAAAAAAAAGGAAAUUCUUACUCUGAAGAGUGAUGCCAGUUUUUGGCCUUUGGAACCCAACUUGACAAGAAAUAUCCAACCAAGGCUCAUUUUAGUAGCUGUAGGUGUAUUUGAUCAAAUUACAUGAUCCUUUUUCAGAGUAUAAUAGCUUAGUAAUAGAACUCCAGAAGUUCACAUUUUUCCCAAACGCCUGUUUGUGUUGUUUUCAUUGAAAUGUGAAUCUCUAAAACUCUAGUUUAAUAAAAAAAUGGCAGUAAGGCCCAUUAACAUCCCCAUGGGAGAAAAAAAGAAUUGUAGACACUAAGCCGGGCAUACACUGUGCAAUUCCAAGCCGACUCUGUGACAGUCAUGGCAGAUAGCAGCUCACAUCUGUGACUUCAUCACUUACACCACACAACCAUUACAUAUGAUUUUUGUGCUCCAACUUUACAAGUAAAGUCAGGAAGGAUGUGACAGAAACCUUUGGAGUUUCCUUUGAAAAGGUCUCACCCACUGAGGCUGAAGUUUUAUCCAGUCAUAUCCUCGCUCUCUCACUCCAACGUACAUAAAAGCAUCUCCAUCCGUGUCAGCUGGAGGUCUUUGGUUAGGAAUAUUUCCUCCUCGUUUUUUCCUUUAUUAGAGCCCCAAAGUUGAGGAUUCUGCUUGUGGCUCUGCUCUCUCUGAAAGAGAGUCUGGAGUCUUACGACCAAAAUAUCAAACAUGUCAGAAAUCCACCCAACCAGUCAGGAGCAGCUGGUUGGUCCGUAGUCUGGUCGUGACUGGCUGUUGUAUCCCUGUACACAGCACAACAAACAAUGCAAGAUCCCACUGAAAGUCAGCGUGAUGUUCAAGUGAGUCUUACGACUCAAAAUUAGUGUCUGAUUAGUAUGAAAUUGGCACAGUGUACGCACGGCUUUGGACAAGUUUUAGAUUUGACUAUUGCCAAGCAACCCAAAGGCUAUAAUUGGCUUGGUACCAGAAGACCAACUCUGAUUGGUUGUCUGAUUCAGACCAGAUGUUUUUUAAAAAGUACAAAUGAGGGCACCAACAAACACAGAUUACACACAUGUAUUCAAAGAAAUAAAUCAGUUUAAUAUUGUUGGUGGCUUGCAAUGAUCAGAUUUGUCAUUUUAACCAAAAUUUUAUUGAAAUAAUGUUAAAAACUUUAACUUUGGGAUUCAACUAAAAGCCCCAAAAUGCAAGCUAAAAGAACUUUUGAUUUUUAUAGACAAAGAGCUCUUGAAUCCACCACUGGGUCUGAUUGGCCUGGCUCUCACUUCCUCCAAAGGACACACUUUCUAAGGCUGCAGCUUUAAUCUGCUCAGCCAAAUGGACAUAUAUGGCUAAAAUAUCUAAAUGUCUUCAUUUGUGAACUUUUCCAACUCCAAACAUAAAAAAAUUCAGUAGAGUUUCAUCAAGAAAACACAAGUCUUCACAGCCUAUUUUGUGUGAUUUUACUGUUGCUGACUGGACCUCCUACUUUGAUAUGACUCCAUGCACACAGCCAGUUUCUCUAAAGGACCUCCACGAUGGCUCCAGCAGUAAUAUCUGGGACAUCUAACCCAACUACAGAGCCUCUUUACCUAUACUUCGAUCAGUCAGUCUAAGUUUAACCAACAAAAAGCAGGAGCCAGUGUCACCGCCGGUGCGUACCAAAUAAGAACCAGGUUCUAUCGAAUCUAUCAGUGUCAUGUGUCAGUGUGCAGGGAGGAAGCUAGGGAUCAGUACCAAGUGUCUCCUGGACAUCAAAUUGUGAUACCAAAACUAAAGAGGAGAAAUCCUGUCACUGAUGACUCUGUCUUCUGUAGAAUGUUUUGAUUCUCUGAACUUGCAGCGUCAAAGCAGCCUGGAUGACAAAUGUAGAUAUUUGCUGCUGAAAACUGUUUACUUUUUAUUGUUAUUUUGUUUUAUUGUGACACUGGCCACCGCCUUUUUGAGCUCUGUUACUGUCUCAAGCGUUCCUGAAAGGAUGUUGAUCAAAGGAAGGAGGGGUAUACAGGGGAAAAGACUGUACAAGUUCUUUUCUUAGGACUGUUAAACCACAGUUUAAGGUCUAAAGCAUGUUGUAUUUAUAUUGGCUAUAUGUCGUGCCUGUUUUAUUAUUAUUUUUUCCUAAAUUUUAAAAAUAUUAUAUGCUUUUUAUUUGACUACAUUGCUUUGCAUUCUGUCUUAGUAAAGCCAUGUCACAUGUCUGUUUUCACUCUAAUGUAAACUAUCAGAUAUCACAAUAAAUUUUCA